GGGUAACUUACCUCGACUGAAUGUUGCAGGUAUCUCGGAGAUGUCCUUCUAUGUCCCCCCUCCCCCGGGAAACAGUUCUUCUGAUGGACCAAGAAUGGAGAAGACUCUGGACAAGAAAGAAGGCAGGAAACUGGUAUCCCCGUGCGAGAGGCCAGGGAGUGAUCUGAAGAAAAGAAAAGUAGUCCAUCUCGAAAGAAACAACAGGUUAUGGCGGUGUCAAUCUCCAGGGAUCUGACUGUACAGGUGUUGGAGGAUGUGAAUAUUGUCAAGCUGAGUGACAGACAGCAGGCUCUACGCGCUGCCAUCCAGAGGGGAGAGCCCAAAAGUCUGGGGGUGAUUCAGGUAAUGCUGGGCCUGAUGGUCAUGUCCUACUCCAUUCCUCUGCACUGCAGUGUCAAAACGGAAGUGGUCCACCUUGGGGUUCCUUGGUGGAGUGGAUUAACGUUCAUCACAGCGGGAGCGGUGGCCAUCGUCCUGGACAAACACUGCACAAUGAAGAUUCUGAAAGGGUGUCUGAUAGCAAGUGGGGCGUCCAUCCUGCUCUCGGUGGUGGCUGUGAUCAUCUACUCGGUGGACAUGGACAGAAAUCCCGCACUGCCGUGCGGCGAGACAGCAGAGGACAGGUCCUGUACUGAGAAACACUACGCCACGGCGCUGAGCCGAGGGCUGAAGUCGGUGCUCCUUCUCUUCACCGUGGCUCAGAGCGUGGUCUCCGCUGUAGUCUGCUUCCUCCUCAUCCGGCAGAGACGGGGCCUUCAACAGUACGCUUGUCUCGAUCAGGCUGCUCCAUCAACACCUACGUCAGUAACCCCCCCCCACCUGAACUGAUCACUGGACCACCAGUCUUUGAGGUGACGGAUCGCUACCAUCAAGUCCUGUGACUGCUCACCUGUCGUAUGUGUAUUGAUUCGGUCUUGAUCUGCUUGUAUCUAUAUGGCUUAUCCACAACGCUACCUAAAAUGACACCUAAAGGGUGUCAGCUGGUCUGCUGAGAUGAACAAUGUUUCACAUAAUUCACAUUUCUGGUGUAGUCCCCCUCUCCCAGUGAAGCCCAUGACGGUGGAAUCAAACCCGAGGGGAUGCUUCUCUGCAGCACACCUGGUCAGGGUCAAAUGAAGGCACCUCAUGUAGAUGUAGUCUGGAGGGGAUAUUCACUGUUAAUAUAUAGCUAUGGUACAUUUGAAAUAGCAGCACUUAUCUGAAACAGACAUAGAACAACCCUUAGGUUCACGUGCUUUUUUCUUACAUGAGUUUGAGCUGAUGGAGGUGGUCAGGCUGUCGUUUGGCUGAAUCAGAUCAAUCCACCAAUGAGCACGUGAGAAUAGAAUAAAACAUAUGAGAUGCUUAAAAGGUGGACUUUUGAAUUGGGAUUUUUGGGCAAAAAUGAAUUCUAUGCUUAAUGUUAGUAUCCUGGAUCCAGAUCUCACUCCAGCCCAGAAUCUACGGGCAAAAACAAACAUACUGGAUGCAAGGAGGAAAAACACACACCACAUUUGAGUAAGAGACCUCACUGCAUGUCAGGCAGGGAUGUCCUUGCUACACUUGCGACGCUAAUUUCAAAAUGGUUCCAUUGUUUUUUUGUAGUCUUCGGUUUCUUCCCCUUUUGGGACAGAUGUGGGUUCUUAAUAAAGAAUACAUUAUCCUAC